AUGGACAAGAAGGGAGAAGCAUUUCUUAUUCCUUUAAAUUCUCAACGUUAUAACACUGCACUACAAGAAGCUGUUAAAGAUAACGUAAAAUUCAUUAUUGAUUUAGGUUGUAACGAAACAGAUUUCCUUUUUUAUGUAUCAAGGAACCCACAAUGUGUAAAAUUUAUGAUAGGAAUCGAUAAAGAUAAGUUUAUUCUUAGAAGAGGAUAUCAAACACUUCAAAGAUUUCAAAUGCAUUCUGUUGAUACAACUCAAUCAACUCCAAUUUACUUGAAGCAAGAUGACAUCACGCAAUUAUCCGAUGAUAUUGUUAAUAAAUUCAAAAAUUGCCCUUAUGUCACAAUGAUAGAAGUUAUUGAGCAUUUGCCACUAGAAUCGGUUGAUAAAGCAAUGGAUUGCAUUUUAGGAAAACUACAGCCUCAAAAAGUUUUCCUGACUACACCAAAUAUCGAAUAUAAUUCCGUGAUAAAUGAGUUUUAUGGAAACACACGUCCAUAUCAAUUCAGACACAGAGAUCACAAGUUUGAGUGGACAAGAAAAGAAUUUUCCGAAUAUGUUAGUAAGCUGACAUCAAAAUACGAUUAUGAUGCCACUGUUUCGGGAAUUGGAAGCAUAUAUCCAGGUGAAGACCAUGAAAAGAACGGUUAUGCUUCUCAUUCAGUUGUGUUCACAAAGAAAGAGAAAGUUCAGAAAGAUUUUGAACCACCAGUCACUUUUGACUUUAUGAUUGAACUAUUUAGUGAUAGAAAAUAUAACUAA